CAAAGCCCCGUAAUAUUUUCGGGUUUUGGGCCUCUAAUAGUACAGAGAGAAGAGCAAAAGGCAAUAGCCGCGCCCUUUUAAAGCAGCCACAAACUUUGGCGCUUCUCACCUUCUGAAAUUUCACAACCCCCAGAGAACACGAAACGUUUCGUCAACAGAUGAUGGACUUCGAUAGCCUUCUCGAUUUCGAGAGCGACGAGCCAGUCCUCAACCCCCCUCCUAAGAAAAGGAAGAAAGUUAUUGGGCUGGAUGAUCUUUUGACUGAUUUCUACAAGGAAGAAGGUAAACUUGUUGAAAAGGCGGCUAGGAAAGCAAAGGCCAAGGCACGGCGGAACAAUGAUUCAGAUGAAGAGGAUGAACACAGAGAGGCUUCCCUCUCUCAACUUGUUGAUACGUGCGAAAACCAGAUAAUAGAAAUAGGUGGCAAGGAGGAUAGCUUUUUGUGGGGGAUAUGCGUUUUCGGAGACCAGAGAACCCCACCUCCUCUUGCUUUUCCUGAGCUUAAAAGUUGCACAGUCUUGCAGUCUUUCAUGAACAACAAGCUCAAUUCUGAGUUUGAAAUCUGUACGGACAACGGAGACACUUUGCUAGAAGGGUUAUUAGUAAAUGGCUGGCUUUCAAAAGUGGUUCUUGCCAGGGGUCAUGUGGAAAAGUCUGUAGCCAUGUGGACCUUUAAUUUGAUGGCAUAUUCAUCAAAUGAAGAGUUGAGGACAUCUGCAUGUGACUUCUGGUGUGCUAUCCUCUCAUCCAAAAAUGAGGUUGAUCUACAGCAAGUUAAAAUCGAUUGGUUCCCUAGCUAUUCUGAGUUAAAAUUGGCUCUUGAAAACUAUGGUUUUCUGUUCAACUCUUCGACUAUGGAAUAUGUUCAUUCCAGUUCUGGUCAUCAAGGUCCAGCUCAAAAUAUUAGAGUGUGGAUCAAAUAUGCAACUACUUCUUGUCAAGUGAGGAGCAAAACAGCUAUAUAUUUGACCUCGGAAGCAGAAGAGUUAUUAGAAGUUAUAAUUUAUCUGUUUUUAGACCGCCAGCUUCAAGGUCUGUUUGUGCUUUUGCACGAAUGCUUGCAGUCAGCUAUCAGUUACUUCACAGACAAUGAAUGGGAAUCUAGCUGUGAGAAGAUAGCAAAAUCUCUUGCUCGCAGAAUCCCUAAGGAUGUGAACUGCUUAAGAAUUGUGGAAUGCAUUUCGGGAGCCAAUUCUCGCAGCAAGCUGUUUAGAAGUGCGGUUGCCUAUCAAAUCCUUCAUAGUUGUUUUGAUUAUAAGGCCCAGGAUGAAGUAGAGGUCCUAAAUUUGCUAAUCUCAAUCAAUGUGAAAGACAAAAACUGUGAUUUCUUCAAGGUGUAUGUAUACUUGGUGUUGACCGAGAAUUGGCUCUUGUCUAAUCAACUGAGUGAAGACAAGCAAGUAUUGAAUGAAAUGUGGCGCUUGUACUUACGAAACUGUUCUUGCCUGAUCGCCAGUACAGAUUUGAGAUCCUUUGCCUCUAAGGUCCGUAAUAAGGCUGCAUAUCUCCUGCAAGGCACCAUCACCCAAUGAAAUAUCGGAAAGUUGAAAGUAUUUUAGUGAUGUCUGAUGGGAAUCAUUAUGUUCCAUGAAUUUGUUCUCAGCAAAGGGCGGUGAUAGGAAGAAGCAGGUAGAACAUCCCCUUGAUUUGUUGAAGUGGAUAGAUUGCUGAUGACUGGGAGCUGUAUUCAAGACUAGCCGUUUUUUUGAGGAUGUAUUUUGAACCAUAAUGGGGCUUGCCUCUAGUAGUAGUUCCAAGGGAAUGUUCUUUUUGUUAUGUAUUGGUCAAUUUUGUAAAUGUACGAUACUUGUUUGGAGACAAAUGCAGAGUAAGAAAGGCCUAUUCCCUACUAAACAUGAAAUCGCCUUCAAACCCCUAAAGUAUGGGAUUUAAGUUUGCUAAUCAAAAGGAUAUGAAUCUAAUUCAAUUGCCUUUCUGGCGUUACCAAGAUUGAUUUUAUGUUUCAGAGUGUAUUACAAGUCAGAA